AUGAAUGUACUCAUCUUUUUGUCUCUGAGUAUUUGGACAUUGAUCUCCGUCACAGAUGGCUUAAAUUGUAUUGUGUGUUCAAGUGGAACUAAUUCGGCCUGUGAAGAUCCUUCUCAUAUAGAUGCAUCAACGUUAAGUAGUUUAUCACAGUCAGGCUAUGUUUCUUGUCUUAAAGCAUCGUAUCAGGUGGUAUUGAGUUACUCCUCGCAAUGGAUAACAAUUUAG